AUGGUUCCCUCGGCAAACUUGCUUGGGUUCGCAGGAGGGGAGCUCGCGAAGAAGUUACCCAAGGUUUUCGGGGUUCUGUUGGAGACAACGUUGAGCUCGGUGGUAGAAAUUGUCCUUUUUAUGGUUCUGAUACAUAAUGACAAUAACGGCAACCUGAUUCCUGUCAUUCAGGCAGCGAUCCUCGGUUCUGUGUUGGCAAAUCUUUUGCUUUGUCUAGGCCUGUGCUUUUUCUUUGGAGGCAUGGGGCGUGAGCACCAGUCGUUCCAUGAGGCCGUGAGCGAGGUGGGCACGGGGCUCCUCCUGGUUGCCGGCUUCGGUCUGUUGAUUCCGAGUGCUUUCUUUUCGGCGCUAAGCGCUAACAGCUCUAAAACAACUAUUACCAAUGAAGUCCUGUCUCAUUCUACUUUGGUGAUUAGCAGGGCCACUGCCGUUAUCCUUCUGGUCGCUUUUCUGAUGUACCUGGUUUACAACCUACAUAGCCAUCACAGCAUAUUUGACGAGGUCCUUGAACUAGAUGAACAUAAGGAUGAAGAUCGGGAAGAGGAAAUGAAGCGCGCAAAGCUUACGCUAGUCGAAUGCUUCGUGGCCAUCUCAGUAUCUAUCGCAUGUGUCUGCAUGUCUGCCGUUUUCUUGGUCCAGGAAAUCGAACAUAUUGUCCAUGAAAGAGGCGUUUCCGAUAAUUUCAUGGGUCUAAUUCUUGUUCCCCUGGUAGAGAAAGCAGCAGAGCAUUUGACUGCUAUUGAUGAAGCCUGGGACAACCAAAUUAACUUUGCACUCUUCCACUGUCUCGGUCCAUCUAUCCAGACCGCUUUGCUAAAUGCUCCACUGGCGGUCCUCGUCGGCUGGGGACUUGGUAAGGAAAUGGGUCUCAAUUUUGAGAUCUUUAUGAUUGUCUUGGUAGUAUUAUCCAUUCUCGUCGUUGGAAACUUCUUGCGGGACGGCAAGUCCAACUGGCUCGAGGGAGGUCUCUGUGUGCUUAUAUAUGUGAUCAUUGCGGUCACUACAUGUCAGUUAAACGACCAAACGAAUAUUCUGAUUAUCGCCUUAAAGGAUCGUGAUAUUCCAUUGAAAUAUGCCGAGGUUGAAUCAGCUUUCACUGAUGGGAAAGAAGCUGCCGUGAACGAAAAAUGGGUGAUGGAGCACCUGAACCAUGAUACUCUUCUAUCCCAAGAGGAGCUCACCUUGUAUACAAAACUCGAAAGCACCGGCUCUUUACAGAAUAUAAUUGACAACCCCGAUACGAAUGCGGACCGACCGUUGCUCGAUGAAGAUAUUCGGAAGGCGAUUGACUCGUUGAAAGCUUCAACCGCUAUGAUCCAAAAACAAAAACAGAUUUUAGCAUCCCAAUGCGACAGUAUAGAUAAAGAGCUUCGCCGAAAAAGCGAACGAGAAGUCAGACGCAGCACCGGUAUAGAACACCUGCGUCAGAGAUACAAAUCAGAAAGGCAAAGCACGAAUGCCGUGUCUAUUGAAUUGGCUCAGGAAGUGACAGCGGCCUUGAAAAUCGAAUCAGAGAACACAGCAGUGGAUAGUAAAAGGAUAUUGUCAACUCUCGCUGCUUGGCUAAAGGAGGACGAUAGAACACUAGUGGACCUAGAGCGGCUUGGAUCUGGUAUGGGGUCUACUGGAGAUGAUGCCUCUGUAGUAAAACGGACCUCCGAGAUAAGCACGAUACUCGCCGAUUGUCUUGCCGAAGAAAUACGAUGUCGGCUCGAUCGAGUUUACUUGGAGAACCUCCGAGACGGUCAAUUAAAGGCCAAUCAGAACCUUAACGGUGCUGCGGAUGAAGUUAUGGUCGCAUUGGAAGGAGAACUGGAGUCCCUGUAUCCGGAGAUUGACAUGCUGGCUGAAAUGUAUGCCAAGCAACAAUACACCGCGCCUAUAUCACGCGCUCUCCAAAACCACCACGACCAGUGGCACAUUGCUUCCCACAAGAAACUCAACUAUAUCUUAGACCUGGUCGCUGUGAUGACGUUAUCUACGGAACGUCUCACCAAAUCCCUGCAAGAUCGCGAGUCGUUCUGUGGGACUCUCGAAACUUUCAAUACCACGUAUCGAACCAAAGUAGGUAAUCGGUUUUCUGAAAUAUCUGUACCAAGACGAGAGGAUAUUAUAAGACGUUCGAUCCUACCAACGUUGGCAUACACGCCUUCCGCGAAACGCAUCGAUUCGGUUUCCGAGUCCCAUGCCCUGGCCGCUGUCUUGCGCCGCACAGGCUUAUCUUCCGAGUCGGUGUUCCAGCCUGAAGAAGGUAAUGUGGGCAUCGAUGUGCUUUUUGACGCGAAACAUCACAUGUUCGAUUGUCUGCAGAAUUAUGGCAUUGCCGCAGAUGCGCCUCUGGUGACCGAAAUGAUCUCGGGUGAUCAGGCAACCCGGCUUCUUUCGUCCUCGUUAAACGUCAAUUCACACGUUCAGACUUUACUCACGAGUGAUAUCCAUGAGGCCGAGCUCUCUGACCUUCAACUAAAAUUAGAGCAUGUACAAAAAGGGGUUGAAAUGCUCGACCUUGGCAUAGUAUUUCAACGUGACAAAAGCCAAGAGACGUUCUUUGAAAGGUGGGGGUUGACAUAA